AUGGUUGAUUCUCCGGGCCCAAAUAUACCUCCCGAAACUUUCGUAGAACCCAAUUUCACACCUCAACCCAGCCAAACCCUGCUGUUUGACGCCUGGCACUUGGAACUCGUGGAUCCAGAUGAGACAGAAACCCUCCUAUUGUUACCAAAACAACCUGCACAAGGACUCCCUCGCCUGUUUCAUGUCACUUUGCGUAUCACAUCGCCGAUGCUCCACAGUUGGCUCCAGCCCCAAGUAUCCUUGCCUCUCAAACCCUCAAUCGCCAAGUUUAACGGGUUUGCUGGUCUCCCUGGCGACAGAACCCCAAUCCUGCCAGCCAAUUGGUUGUUCCUACCCUUGAUCAGAUUUCAGAUUUUUCGCGCUUGCCAACACAUCACCCCACAUCACGUCAAAGAAUGGCUGUCCUCAACCGCCGCAACUGUCAAGCCCUUCAGUGUUUCCGUCAUCAUGGUUCUUGUUGCCCUUGCCCACGAAGAACCGUGGACGAAACAACGAGCAAAUCGAAUCGUCAAAAUGACGGAACGGGAUGUUCAUUGCUCAAUGCACCUGGCAAAUUCAAUCCCGUCCGAGGAGCUGGCACUAGAUCGAAGAAACUCACACCCUGCAAUAUGUGCGAUGCUUUGCGGAAGUGUUAUCAAAGCAGCUUUGAAUCGAAAGAUCCUCAUGCAAGAGUCUUUUGACAAAAUGUUGACUCUGCGGAAUUCUGCAAAAUUCCUUGAGAAAAAUUGGCCAGCUAGGAGGCCGUUUUUCCUACUGGUGAGAGUUCGGAGCGUGGAAUGA